AAUUUGGCAACGUCAGUUUUUCAUGUGUAAUACGAUCUUCAUCAAUAGAAUUCAUUUGUAUAAAUAAUUCAUUCAUUUCCAUGACAACAUCACUAGCCGAAACAUUUGAAUUAAAAUUCGAGUCGCAUCAGUCGAUAGAAGAGGUGUAACAGUUCCAGCAGCAUGCAGAAAUUGCAAGUAGUUCCGGACGUAAUAGACUCCGUACCGCCCGACACUUUGGAGGUGAAGUACCAAAGCGGAGCCACACCGAACAACGGUAACGUCCUGACCCCGACUCAGGUGAAGUCGCCCCCCACCGUAACCUGGAAAACCGAAGGGGACAACUUGUACGCACUCUGCAUGACCGACCCGGACGCCCCGAGCCGUCAAGCCCCUAAAUUCAGGGAAUGGCACCAUUGGCUUGUGGUCAACAUCCCCGGAAAGGAUAUCGGAAAAGGUGAGGUCCUUUCUGAGUACAUCGGAGCUGGUCCGCCCAAAAACACCGGUCUGCACCGUUACGUGCUGUUGGUUUACAAACAGCCCGGAAAGAUCAACUGCGACGAGCCGAGGUUAAAAAAUAACAGUGGAAGCAAUAGAGGUAAUUUCAGUGUGAGGAAGUUCGCCAAGAAGUACAACUUAGGAAAUCCGAUCGCCGGAAACUUUUUUCAGGCUGAAUAUGACGAUUACGUUCCCAAAUUGUACGCGCAGCUUAAAGGUUAAUUGUCACUUUCAGACAGAACAUGAUUGUGUAGAGAAUUACCUUAAUAAAAAUGAUUUAUAAAAGCGA